AGUGGGUAGGUACGAUGUUUCAGGCCCAACAAAAAGAACAAGAUGUAUGUUCUAGGAAGAACAAUUGCACAGUAUGAGUUCCCGUCCAUCUAUCUCCCUGUCCUACGCCGUCAGCAUUGAAAGAGUCAGAUCUCGAAAGUUUUGGUCAAGGGAAAGGAGAACUAAUUUUUCUUGUUUUCUGCAUGCAGACAUGGUGGCCGCUCUGGUGAUGGGCGGCGUUGCGAGCACGGGACUCGCCCACUUGUUGCUGACCGCUCCACCGUACGGCGGCCCCUCGGUGGACAGCGGGGCAACGGACAGCGCCAUCGAAGUGGUAGAUGGCGUACAGGUGCGUCGAACGCUGGGCAUCCCGUACGCGGUGCCACUGAAAGCACAGUACCGCUUCGGAGCACCACGCCUGCUCGACUACGAGCAAUACUUGCACCGCCACGUAGGAACUGCGAUGUGGCUAGGCGGAGGGUUUACUCGGCUCGGAUGCCCACAGCUGGAGUGGGCUCCGUUCCCGCGUCGGCACAUCGCGCAGACCAACAGCGAGGACGACUGCCUCUACCUGAACGUGUGGCAGCCGCUCCUCGAGGAGGAGGAGGAUGGCGGCAACGCCGGGUGCGGCAUCUGCGGGCGCCCUCCACUGCUACCGGCCGUGGUCGUGCUGCACGGCGGCCGCUUCCAGUAUGGCGGCGGCGGUGGGCCAUACACCUUCUACGACGGAAAGUACCUCGCCGCGGCCUGGCGCGCCGUGGUCGUGGUGCCGGGGUACCGAGUGGGCGCCUUCGGGUUCCUCAAUGCAGCGCUGCAACCCGACGAAGCCCCCGGCAAUGUCGGUAUCAGGGAUCAGAUGGUCGCUCUGCAGUGGGUGCACGACAACAUACAUCGAUUUGGAGCCUCACCCUUCCAGGUAACCCUUCUGGGCCAUGAAGCCGGAGCUGCGUCCGUGGGCUACCACCUGCUGUCCAACCGGAGUACCGUGUACUUUCAGCGGGCGGUGAUGAUGGCCGGUUCACCGUACGCUCCUUACCCCGACAACAGCGGCAGCGCCGCCGAGCGCAACGUGCGCGCGCUGGCCAGGGAGCUGCGCUGUCCGGAUGCAUCGGCCGGAAGGGCCGCCGUCGACUGCCUCAGGUCGCGCUCCGUCAGGGCCACGCUCGAAGCAGCCGACGGCGCCGGCAUCGAGUUCGGGCCCAGUUUCCUCUCGCCUCAAACAGUCAUGCACGAGCACCAACUGGUAGAAAAUGCCGUGGUGCCAGAGAAGCCCCCCAACAUGCGCGCGCGCUUCAGGCCCCUGGAUUUUAUUGCGGGCUACACCAGCAACGAGGGCGCUCCCUAUGUGGUCGAGAUGUUACGACGUUCGCGACUGCACUUCAGCGACGAGACCAGCGGGCGAGAUGUGCUAGGCCCACUCGUUGACUGGCUCCGGAGGCACGGAGUGCCGGAACCGCACAAGGUGCUCGACUUCUACCGUCUGCACGCUCAGAAGUUCGCGGCCGCUAGGGGCGUCAGCGUGCUCGCGUCCCUGGGCGAGCUGCUAGGUGACAUGCACGUCUACUGCCCGGUUAACUUCAUGGUCGAAGAGGCAGCGGCGCUUGGCAGCCGAGUGUUCACGUACGAGUUCACGCACCUUCCUUACUACCGCUGGUGGACCCGCUGGAAGGGAGUUCCCCAGCUGUUGGACCUGAUCUACGCGUCCGGCCUGGUGCGCGCCAUCCAGGACGAGUAUGGGCUCGACCACAGGGAGCUGCGCUUCUCGCAGUACAUGGCCAACAUGUUCGCGGGAUUCGUCUGGAACGGUGAGCCACCACCGGCGACCAACUGGACCCGCUGGGAGACCUUCCACCGAGGUCCACUAGUCUUUGCGGGCAGCGAGAACAGCAGCUAUACAAAAGCAGCUUCAAUGCCUCACGAGACAAACUGUGCCUUCUGGAGGACAUUCCUCCACCCUCAAGUCACAAGUGCAGCUACGACUAUGAGGAUAUAGUAUAUGCAGUGAUCUAUAUAUAUUAAUAUACAUCACAUUGUGCGCAGUUUAAAAGGCUGACCCACAUAUGACUUUUAAGUGUGGAUGUAGUGGUCAAAGAAAGGCUAGCUUACAGCACACUAUGGAUUGACUGUUCUUGGGAAGACUUGCAACUAAGAUGCUUGAUAUACAUCGCAGUGCACAGUUACGUCAGCAGCAAGGGCUUUCAGCCACUCAUCCUUAAUAAAACAGUAUAUAGUCUUCGA